UGGAUUAUGAUACACAUUGAUCCUCUACUGAUGUCUGAGCGCGUCCCACGUCUCGUGAACGCGCAGACGAAACUGUAGAGUUGUUGCACUGAGCUUCAUGAUACAUUAAUCUGCCAUGGGACUGACAAAGCAGUAUUUGCGGUACGCCGCCAGCGCAGUUUUUGGUGUGAUCGGCAGUCAGAAAGCCAAUAUUGCCUACGUAACCCUAAGAGGAGGAGAGAGGGGACGGUAUGUGGCAGUUGCAGCCUGCGAACAUGUCUUUGUAUGGGAUAUACGUAAAGGAGAGAAGGUUCUAAUUCUCCAAGGUAAUAAGCAGGAGGUAACUUAUUUAUGCCCUUCCCCGGAUGGUAUUCACAUAGCUGUGGGUUAUGAGGAUGGAUCGAUCCGUAUUUUCAGCCUCCUCAAUGGGGAGAGCAACGUCACCUUCAAUGGACAUAAGGCAGAAGUCACUGUCAUCAAAUACGAUCAUCUUGGCGCGCGACUGGUGUCGGGAUCAAAGGAUACAGAUGUGAUUGUGUGGGAUGUGAUCAAUGAGUGUGGCUUGUACCGACUCAAGGGGCACAAAGAUGCCAUCACACAGGCUUUGUUCCUGAAGACCAAGAACCUCCUAGUAACAAGCUCCAAAGACACUUUUGUUAAGUGGUGGGAUCUGGAGGCGCAGCACUGUUUUAAGACUAUGGUUGGACAUUGCAGCGAGGUGUGGGGAUUGGUCCUAUUGAGUGAUGAGAAGAGAAUCAUCUCUGGCUCAGCUGACAGUGAGCUCAGAGCCUGGGACAUCAACUAUCUAGAGGCGGGUAAAGAGGUGGGGGAACCAGAAGAAAAGAAAACAAAAGGACUGCUGGGACACUCUGAGGAACCCGAGGGGGAAGUGGAUGAGAACCCCGAGGAGCGCAUCUUGAGUUGUCAGAAAGCUGGGUCCAUCCUACGGGAAGGAAGAAACAGAGUGGUUUCCAUGGCAACAGAUCUGAAUUCAAAAAUUUUAGCUUGUCACGGAACUGACACUAUAUUGGAGGUAUUCAGUGUACUGUCAGAUAAUGAGAUUAACAGAAUAAUGGAGAGGAAACUGAAGAAGGCAAAGAAAAAGGCAAAACAGGCUGGAGGAGAUGAAGAGGACGCUGUGGUGGACAGGUCUCUUCAGGAUGAGAUCCAGAGAAUUUCCAGCAUCAAGGCUUCUGCCAAGAUCAGGUCGUUUGACUGUUUCCUGUCCCCGAACGGAGAUCUAAAGGUGGCGUUACUGCUUCAGAACAACACAAUAGAAGCAUUCGUCCUGAAAACAGCCGGCAAGACUUCUGAAUGCACCAAGACUGCUCGCCUUACCAUCGGUGGACACCGCACUGAUGUCCGCACCUUGGCCUUCAGCUCAGAUAACAUUGCUGUGCUUUCUGCCUCGGCGGAGACUGUCAAAGUCUGGAACAGAUCAACCUUGCAAGUUAUCAGAACGAUGGCUUGUGAAUAUGCGCUUUGCUCACUUUUUGUUCCCGGAGACAGACAGAUCAUAAUAGGAACCAAGAAUGGAAAGCUGCAGAUUUUCGAGUUGUCCUCUGGAAUUCUGUUGGAGACUGUAGACGCCCAUGAAGGAGCACUGUGGUCGAUUUCUCUUUCUCCAGACCAGAGAGGGAUUGUGUCCGGAGGCGCAGACAAGAUGGUCAAAUUCUGGGAGUUUGAACUUGUUAAGGACGAGGACUCUGUCCAAAACAGUAAAAGACUGACGGUGAAUCAUAAGCGCACCUUGCAGCUAGACGAGGAUGUCCUGUGUGUUCGCUACAGUCCUAAUCAGAGGCUGCUGGCUGUGUCCUUGCUGGACUGCACUGUCAAGCUGUUCUAUACCGAUACACUUAAGUUUUUCCUUUCUCUCUAUGGACACAAACUGCCAGUGCUGUGCUUGGAUAUAUCCCACGACAGUGCAUUGAUAGCCACUGGUUCAGCAGAUAGAAAUGUAAAGAUUUGGGGUCUGGAUUUUGGAGACUGUCAUAGGUCACUUUUUGCUCAUGAUGACAGUGUCAUGUUCCUGCAGUUUGUGCAGAAAACGCAUCUCUUUUUCACUGCUGGAAAAGACAAGAAAAUAAAACAGUGGGAUGCUGACAAGUUUGAGCACAUCCAGACACUAGAGGGUCACCAUCGAGAAGUGUGGUGCCUGGCUGUGAGUCCCAGUGGAGAUCACAUUGUGUCGUCAUCACAUGAUAAAUCGCUCCGGCUGUGGGAGAGAACAAGAGAGCCAAUCAUUCUAGAAGAGGAAAAGGAAAUGCAAAGAGAGGCAGAAUUUGAAGAAAGUUUGGGCAAAGGCGAUGAACCAGUGGUUCCUGGGGAGACCACGGGGGAGUCUGGCCUGGCUGGGAAGAAGACCAUUGAAACCAUUAAAGCUGCUGAACGAAUUAUGGAGGCCUUGGAAUUAUACAGGGAGGAAAGCAAGAAGUUGGAAGAACACAAAACUGCUUGUGAAAUAGCAGGGAAACAGUUACCUCCUCCUACAAUGAGUACAAUCCUAAUCGCCUUUGGAAACAUCUCUCCCUCUCUCUAUGUACUGGCUGUUAUCAGAAAAGUAAAAUCCAGUGAAUUAGAAGAGUCUCUUCUAGUCUUGCCUUUCUCUUACGUUCCUGACCUCCUCACUCUCUUCAAUGAAUACAUCCAGAAUGGGCUGGAAGUUGAGCUGAUCUGUCGGUGCCUCUUUUUCCUACUCAGGAUCCACUUUGGACAGAUCACCAGCAAUCAAAUGCUAUUGACAGUGAUGGACAGUCUCAGGACAAAUACGAUUUCUAGAGUAAAGAAAAUUAGGGAUGUUCUUGGAUUCAAUAUGGCAGGCCUGCAGUUCUUACAGCGUGAGAUUGAAAGUAAAGAAGACGUGACCUUCUUUGCUGAUGCCACAGACCGGUUUGAGGACAAGAAAAGGAAAAGAAAGAAAAGGGAGAGAGCCAUUCUUGCAGUUGCUUAAAGUGAGAACUACAUGUUUUUUUGUUUUUUUUAAGUUUGUUAUUUAAUUGUUUUUCCAGAAAUUCAGUGUUCAUAAAGACGUGUUUUAAUGCUGGUAAAUUUAAAAACA